AUAAGGUCUCCUCGCUUGACAGCCGGAAGUUCAACUUGCUGAUAGCGCUGGUUCACUUUCUGUAAACACUCUGAACGUGCGGCAGAUUGUUAUUCUCUGUCUGAGUGAACUGUGACGGAAAGCAGCGUUUUCAAGCUCCACGAUGUCGGGGCACGGUCACGGGCACGGCAGUGGGUGCGAGGCGGAGCACGAGCCCGCGGAGAGGGGCCUGGAGUACGGCCUGUACCGGCGGAUCGACGUGGAGAAGCUGCAGUGCCUGAACGAGAGCAGAGAAGGGGACGGGAAGCUGGUGUUCAAACCGUGGGACCGGCGGAAGGAGCGGGACACGUAUGUCGAGAGUGAUGCAGAUGAAGAGCUGCUGUUCAACAUCCCUUUUACAGGCAGCGUGAAGCUGAAAGGCGUCAUCAUCUCUGGGGAAAAUGACGACUCUCAUCCAGCUGAGGUCCGACUGUACAAGAACAUCCCCCACAUGUCCUUCGAUGACACCGGCAGAGAACCCGAGCAGGCCUUCAGACUCAACAGAGACCCUGAUGCUGAGCUGGAGUAUCCGACAAAGAUCGCCCGUUUUUCCAACGUGCAGCACCUCUCCAUCCACAUUUCCAAGAACUUUGGAUCGGAGAGCACCCGGGUCUACUACAUCGGUCUGAGGGGAGAAUACUCAGAGGCUCACAGACAUGAAGUGACAAUCUGCAACUACGAGGCAUCGGCCAACCCUGCAGAUCACAAAGUGGAGAGCAUCAUCCCACAAACCAACUUCAUUUCCUGAAGAAGCUCCAGAGAGUCGGAAGGAAAAGAGAGCAGAAGAGGGCUUCUUUGCCGUCUGCUGGCUUGUCAUUGACAAAAUAAGGUCUAAGAGGAAUUCCACGCUGCGUAGCAGGCUGGUUCAGGCUUGACCGGUGACUUGGGCGCUGUACUCUGAAGACCAGAAGUGUCUUGAAGUGCCAUGUUAUUGCUCUGUUUUCUAUGGCAAUUAAGAGUGAAGGCUUAAUGUGGGCAAAAAGCUUAAAAUUAAAUGCAUGUAACAUUUGACACUCAGAUAAAGUCUGUUAUCAGUUUAACCUGCUUAGUCAUGUCUCACGAUAUCCCCCACUUCAAUAAAGGGACAGCUGCUUUCAAAUAAAGCACAGCGAGCUGGAAGUAAAGCAAGUGAUGUUACUCUUUGAUUAAACGACUAAAAGGUU